AUGUCACAUACAGCAUUCUUCUACGGGACCUUGAUGGCACCGCCCGUCCUACACCGCGUAAUAUGGGGUUCGCAAACACCGCCCACACCCGCCCACGCCUCUCUCCUUCACAUACGCCCAGCCAUCCUUCACAUGCACCGACGCCACAAAGUAAAACAAGCCGACUAUCCUGCCAUCCUCCCUGUGGAUUCCCCCUCGUCUGUCCGCGGAACCCUAGUACAAGGCCUCACAGACGGCGACAUCUGGCGACUAGACAUCUUCGAAGGCUCAGAAUAUCAACGUCAGAAGGUAAAAGUCAAGAUCCUGCAACCCAGGGGCCAAGGCAGCAACACGGAAGAAGGCAUGGGUGACCUAUCACAAAGGGAAGAAGACAACGUAGAGGGCGAAGAAGCCGAGGCAGAAACCUAUGUCUGGAUAGCAGGCGCACAAAGGCUCGAACCAGAAGAAUGGGACUUUGCAGAGUUUGUUAGAGACAAAAUGAAGCGGUGGGUGGGCAGAGAAGCAGCCGAGACGGAUGAGGGAUUCCAGGAAGUCGACGAUGCUGUCGCAGCGCUUGAUGACCCUACAGGCGGACGUGGCGCCAAUGGAUCCAUAUCACGACAGUUGACCGAACAAGGUAAAGAAGAUAAGAUUCUCGAAAGUGCUGUAUAA